GUCGAGCUUUUAAAUUAUCUAGAAAAAAUAAAAUCUGAGUUGUUUGCUUUUUAAACUUGUCUUUCUUUCAUUCUUAAUCAACUACGCAGACAUGUCUUUAAAACUAAAGCCUACACUUGAAGAAAUUCAAUCUAUUGUCGCUUCUGGCAAGGGCAAUACAAUCCCUAUCUAUGCCGAACUUGAAGCCGACUUUUUAACACCUGUUUCUGCAUACCUCAAAGUAGCUGAUCGUUGCGACUACUCUUUCUUAUUUGAGUCUGUAGAAGGUGGUGAAAACAUCAGUCGUUAUUCUUUUAUUGGUUCUGACCCUUAUAAAUUGAUUCGAGUGGGUAAUAAAGAGUCUGUUCAAGGUGAUCCUCUUGUGCCUAUUCAAAAAGAAUUGGAACAUAUUAAAUAUGUCAAUGUACCUGGACUUCCAAGCUUUACAGGUGGUGCUGUGGGUUAUAUUGGUUUUGAUUGUUACCAAUACUUUGAACCUAGCAUUCAAGGUGAACUUGAGGAUCCUCUCGGUAUCCCUGAUGCUAUUUUCAUGAUGUGUGACACACUCGUUGUGUUUGAUCGUGUUCGCCAAAUUGUCAAUGUCGUUUCCCACUUCCGUAGCGACGUUACAGAUCCUGAAGAAGUGGCUCGUGAAUACACAAAAGCGGCCGAAGAAAUCGAGACAACAUUAUCAUUAUUGAAUGAAGAUCGCAUUCCUCCAGUACCACAAGGACCCAUCACCCUAGGCAAGCAAGCUGUGUCCAAUGUCGGUAAAGAUGGCUAUAUGGGAUUCGUAACAAAAUUAAAGCACCAUAUCAAAGAAGGUGAUAUUUUCCAAGCAGUGCCCUCACAACGUUUAGCUCGUCCUACUGACUUGCACCCUUUCAAUGUCUACCGUCACUUGAGAUCAUUAAAUCCAUCACCCUACAUGUUUUACAUGAAUCUAAAGGAAUUCACUAUUGUGGGCGCUUCGCCUGAAAUGUUGACCAAAGUGCAAGAUGGCGUGGCAUUCACACAUCCUAUUGCAGGUACCAGAAAGCGCGGAAAGACACCUAAAGAAGACAAAGCAUUAGCAGAGGACUUAUUACAAGAUCCUAAAGAAAUCGCUGAACAUGUCAUGUUGGUUGAUUUGGGUCGUAAUGAUAUUAAUCGUAUCUGUCGCCCUGAAUCUGUCAAGGUGGAUAAAUUGAUGCAGAUUGAACAUUAUUCCCAUGUCAUGCAUAUCGUGUCUAAUGUGUCUGGUAAAUUGCGUGAUGAUCAAACACCUUUUGACGCUUUCCGUGCUAUUUUCCCUGCUGGUACUGUCUCUGGUGCACCCAAGAUUCGUGCUGUGGAAUUGAUUCGUGGUUUAGAGAAACAAAAGAGAGGCAUUUAUGCUGGUGCAGUAGGACAUUUUGACUAUUCUGGUGAUUUAGAUACUUGCAUUGCUAUUCGUACUAUGGUGUUUAAGGAUGGUGUUGCUUAUUUACAAGCUGGUGGUGGUAUUGUGUAUGAUUCUGUGGAGGAAGAUGAAUACCAGGAAACAAUGAACAAGAUGGGCUCUAAUUUGGCCACUAUUGAUCAAUGCGAACGCAAGAUUUAUGAGCAGCAACAAAAAUAAACUUUAUUAUGCAUUAGAGAUACGUGUAGUAAAAGAAGUAUCGUCUGUUACUUGUUGUGACUGCUGCUGCUGCUGCU